AGUCUUCAUUGUUCUUUCCAGACUUUCAGUAUGUCUUAGUUGAUUUUAUUAAAAUUGUAUGAUUUUUUCGUCAUAUUCCUCCUGGAAUCUCCCCUCAAAGUUUCAUGCGGAAAAUCUGAAAUUAGGUCAAUAUCACCGGCAAGAAGAUCCUAAAUUGGUAGAGGAAUGAUAUUAAAUAAUUUUGGGAGUGACAAAGGAAUCUGAAAGCGAUCACACGUCAGUAGAGCUGAAAAGGUUUCCCUUUGAGAAACUGCGACCACUACUCAGCAGAAAUUCUAUAUGCAUUUUAAGAAAGUCGCUAUAGCAUUUAUCUUGAAAUCUGCUUUCCUAUGUCACAGAUUAUUUCGUGGAUCAGGGGUGUUCCCCCUAGCUGCCACUCCCUUUUGUACUGUAAUCUUUGAAGGCGCGGAUAGGCAGGUUUAUUCGGAACCAGACCUCUCAGAGUUGUAACUGCUGAAAAGUAAGCAUUUUUCUUGCUUCGAACGACAGAAAAAUCGAUAAAACUACAUCUUUGUCUUGAUUCGUUUGGGCUGCAAAGCCAGCCAUGGCAGGUGCCUACCAACCUACAACGGUUCAGAGGCAAGACAGCGAAGAGAAUGAAAGAACAGCGUUUUGUAACCCGUUUUACAGUCGAAGGCAUUCGGACCUUGAGAGUAGUCAGAAAUACGAAGGAGAGAACAAGGGCGAUAGGGAAGGAACGAAACACGAUCGAGGAAAUCAGGGGCUGUUGACUCGAUGUGUUACCAGACAGACUAGCAAAACGGAAGACGGCAGUGCAAUACCAAGUCCAGCGGAAUCCGAACUUUUCCUCCCGGCUGUAGCAGAGAGUGAGACAAAUCCUAGCAAGCUGACCCGGGUAAAGACACUCAAAAAAAAAAUCAUUAAAGGUACUGAGGACUUUUUUGGCUUGGGAGAUUGUGACGAACAACAUGACCAACUACGAAGGAAGUGGACUCAGAGAAAAAUGCGGCACUACCAUAAACGGUAUGGUGCUCUCAAUGAGGAAUCAGGGGAUGCUGUGGAUGCUGUUCCUCGUCGGUCACUCAAAGUGCCCAGUGGUACAGGAAGCAUCAGUAGCUAUCAGAGUGCACCUCAACCUGAUCCUGAUCUUGUGCGAACAUUGAGCCGACGUGAGUCAGUGGCAACAAUGGCGUGGAAGAGGAUGAAGAAAAUGAAAGAGGAUACUGGGAGCUUUAAAUCCCCCAGACGAAAAUCUCAACCAGUCAGCACAUUGCUUGAGGCUGGGCGGAGCUUCUCACCAGCUGUCAUGUCGCAGUCAGAAAUGGAUGAAGUUGACAGUGCAGUUCCUGUUACUAGAUUUGAUCGCCCCUCCAUUGAUGACGAAGUGUUCUUUGACUUUUCGUCGGAGAGGCCAAGACGAAGAGUUGAAAGACCAGGAUUUUUACCAGAAAUUCAAGAGGAAGAGAGGCCUGCUGUUCCAGCAAAAGAAGCUAAAGAUGAAGUUGAAGGGCCUCCUAUGCCACCAGUUCGCAGCACUCGAGGACAAAGGAUUUCACAGCGACCCCGUGCUACAAAUGCUAACCGUCGUCAAUAUGGGAAGGGAAUGGUUGGUAGAUGGUUAAACAGAACAAUAAAGCGUAAACGUUUGACAAGCACUGUUAAAAAGCAGAUUGAAAACCUGUCAGAUCACAGGCCUUAUUUCACCUAUUGGAUCUCAUUUGUACAAGUGAUUGUACUUAUUGUUGGGUUAUCAGUUUAUGGAUUUGCUCCCAUUGGAUUUACAGAGACAGAAGAAAAAAGACUGAUUGACAGAAGUCAGAUGGGAACGCUUGUACCAGAAUAUGUGGCAAGAAUUAUUCCUGACAACUUCUGGAUUGGUCCUGAUCAGGCAGGUUUGAUCAAAAUGGGAGCAAAGUUUGCGCCAUGUAUGCGAUGGGAUAAGAGGCUGCAAGAAAAGUUGUCAGAGGAGAAAAGAAAUGAGAGUGAGGCUGGUUGUUGUGUGAAAUCUGAUGAUUCUGGUUGUAUAACAACAACGCAGAAAGAGUGUUCAAGAACCUUUGCUUAUUUUUACAAGUAUUCCAAAUCCAAUAACAAUACAAGAGUUGUUUGUGGACAAGACCCGGACACUUGUCUAGAUCCUCCGUCCGUUGUUCCUGAUGAAUGGGAUAAAGAUAUCACCAAUUGGCCCGUUUGUAAGAAAGAAAAGUCGAAUCUGUCACCCGGCGAAUACCCACAUAUGACGUGUGAAAUCCAUGGUCGCCCUUGUUGUAUGGGCAACGAAGCCAUCUGUCGAAUUGUCAGCCGGGACGAGUGUGACUUUUUCCGGGGCAGAUUUCACGAGAAUCUUACGCUUUGUUCCCAGGUGGACUGUUUGAGGGACACUUGUGGAAUGUUGAAUUUCCAUCGGAAGGAAACACCUGACCAAGUGUAUCGCCUAUGGAUGGCAAUAUUUGCUCAUGCAGGGGUAAUCCAUCUUGCGUGCACCCUAGUCUUUCACAUCACUAUAAUGCGCGAUAUGGAAAAAAUGGCAGGCUGGCUCCGCUUGUCAAUCAUUUAUAUCUUUAGCGGUAUUGGUGGAUAUUUAUACAGUGCAAUUCUUUUACCGUAUCAAGCUGAGGUUGGCCCAUCAGGCUCCAUCUUUGGAAUCAUCGCCUGUCUGUUUGUUGAGCUUUUACAGAGCUGGCAGAUCAUAGCGCGGCCUUUCACAGCUCUCUUUAAACUGUGUGGACUAGUUUUGCUUCUCUUAAUAAUAGGCCUACUGCCUUACGUCGACAACUUUGCCCACAUGAUUGGUUUCUUGUUUGGGCUUCUGCUGGCUUUUAUUUUCCUUCCGUAUGUGUCGUUCGGCCAGUUUGACCGAAGGCGAAAGCGGAUCCAGAUAAUCGUGAGUUUAGUAUUGGUCAUUACGUUGUUCGUGGUAGGAUUUUUGGUGUUUUACAUCAGUCAGGAUUCCGGUUGCAAUGGCUGUGAGUACUUGAACUGCAUUCCCUUCACCAGAGAUUUCUGCAAGCUAGGAGGACAGAAUCUACAGCCAAGAGUACGGUAGAGAGAUGUGGAAUAACAGUUCGGAAAGUGUAUCGCUAGUUACACGAAGCUGUUGCUACUGGAGCAACUCAUCUCUACUAGCAAAAAUUGUUGCGUGGAAAGUAAGCUCUACAAAUGUGCUGUUCAAAUGGUGCUGAGAGAUAACAUACUGAAUUGUGUGUUCUCUAACUUGUGUGUGAAUGUAACAAAGAAGGCUUGUUCCUUACGUUCUCAUGGCAGAGAAUUUGCGGUGUAUAUGCUUUUUGGAUUUUUGCUUCUCAGAUGUAGCUAUCUUAGUUAAUAUUAAUGCGAGAGAGUACCUUUUGGUUUUUUAGAACGUUAACUCUAAGAGAAA